AUGUCUACUCGACGUGUCACCCGUGCAAAAAAUGCAACUCAGCAUCCGGGUAUCCCAGACAUAACCCCGAAGAAGAAACGCCGUACUGCAGAAGAAGUAGCUGCUGAGCGUCAGUCUAAGUUAGAUGCUAAAGAAGAGAAAGAACGCACCAAGAGAGCUAGCAUCAAACGUGUUGCUAAAUAUGAGAAGAACCAGGCGGACCAGGAUGUGGUGACCGAUGCUACACCGCGGGCUGCGCUGCCCAAGCCAAAGCCAAUCCCAAGCAAGAGGAAGGCUGUUGUGGCGCCUCCUGCUACCAAGAAGAAGGUUACGCCUCCUUCAGAUGCCGAGAUGAGUGAUGCACGAGCUGCACCUUCGGUACCAAGGCCAAGGCCAAAGCCAAUUCCUCGCAAGCAGAAGGUAAUUGUACAGACUCCCGCUGCGGAGGACAACGGGUUUCUGUCGGAUGCUGAGAUGGAUGAUGCGGCUGCUGAUAGCAGCGCCUUCAACCCCGAUCCAACCCAACAUUCAGGCACGGUGACCUCGGACAUAGACGCAGAUGGGUCUGAUAGUGCAAUGCCGUCGUCGCCGCCCAGGAAAAAGACGAAAGUUAGCGGGAAGAAGGCAGGGAAGGUGACGAAGAGUUCUGUACGAGAUGCUAUCAAAGCGGUCCAGCAAACUCAUAUGUCAGGGAAGAGUAAGGCUGCAGAUAGGAAGAAAACCGCACCUCACAGCACAAUCAGCCUCAAUUCCGAUGACUCGAACGACUCAGACGACUCGGACAUCCUUGUUGUCGACGCAACGCCGAAGAAAGCUCCCAGCAAACAGCCAGCAUCUGUUCAGCAGGAUGACGAUGCUAUGGUCGUUGAUCGGCCUUCAACGAAGGCAUCUAAGAAGGCCACCAGUAAAAAAUCAGCACAGUCAGUUCCGGCUGCUCGCUUGAACAACGACUCGGACGAACCUAUCACCAGUCACCCUCCGGGAAGGCAGCCACCUCAGUGGACCAUGCCCAUCUUGAGUGAAUAUGACCGCGGUGCUACUCCUAUGGCUGGGGCUCCAGGUCGUGUUGAUAAGAAGGGCAAAGGGAAGGAGAAGCAGAAGAAGGAGAAGGAGGGGAAGGGGAAGGCAGAUCUGGCAGAUGAUAAGAAGAUCAGCGUUAGCCGUCAAGCACGUUCUGAUGAGAAACGGAUUCCGCCGAGUUCGAAAAGUGACUCGACUCCCAAUGGCAAGGACUUUUCCACUGGCAUUAACGAUUGGGCAGCAAGCAUCCCGAAAAAUGCAAAGCCCACUAAGGCCACCACCAGCCAGCCCAGCAUAUUCAAAAAUAGCACAAGUUCACGCCGCCUUCCCCCCCUGACCAAUGCCAGCACUCGCUCAUCCACCAAUUCGGUGUUGACAGAAAACGUGUUGAUUUCUCACGCUAUCCCCAUCACGCAGGAACCGAAAGAGCAAGAUACUCUGCAACUCCAUGAUGGACUCGGAGGACUCUCAGAUGAAGAUGAGACCCAGGGUCUCGAACGAGAGGCCGCAGUUGCUAGCCCUCCCAAAGGGAAAAAACGAGUUUCAAGUUCGCUCAGUCAAGCCGAGUGCACGAAGAAACCUGGCAACAACGAUCUCCCGGAUGGUGUUGAACAAAAGCUUUGGCGCCGUGUCUUUGUUUCUACUUACAUGCAAUACGUUGCAACUCUGGCUAACCCCUGGGAAGUUCCCCCCAAGUUGGCCUGCCAGAAAUUGCAGGUGAUCUGGGACGCAAUUUUCCCCAACAUCUCAUGCACAGUCACAAGCACGAGCACCAUGUAUCUCAUAACUGUCCAGCGUGUUGCUGACUCCUAUCGAAGCUUCAUCGGCUCAGCAGCCAUUGCAAUCGUCAUCGCAUACCUCGAGUCCCAGGACACACUCAAGCACUCCGAUGAUAAUCGUGUCGAAUUCGCUACUUACACGCUGGACAAGCUUCGCUUCUUGUACAAGAAGGCAAACGGUGAUGAUAAAUAUGUUGAACGAGCAUUGACGCUUAUCACUACUCGUACCAUAACCAUCGAAAUGGUUCUCGCUGCCAAGGGCAAAUCUAUACCCUUGCCGAAGACGCUCAAUCACUCAACCGGCAAAGUCUCCAAUCGCCAAACGGGCUUCAAUGACGUCACCUGGGGUUCUUCCACGCGCUCAUAUGUGAAGUCGAUCGUGAAAAGCCUCCGAGAGGAGAAGUUCCAAGCCAUCAUCACUUCUGCGAAGGAAUUUUCCAAGAAGAGCCAUCAUUCUGGCAAUGAUAGAGCCGUCGAUGACGCUGUGGAUGAUGAAGACUUCGACGAACGCGCCCAGCUCGUGGACAUCUCGGAGUCCGAGUCUGGGUCCGAAGACUCGGAUGGCUCUGACGUGGAGUAG